GUGAUGGUGCUGGUGCUGGUCAUCCUGAUCCCGGUGCUGGUCAGCUCCGCCGGCACCUCGGCUCACUACGAGAUGCUCGGCACCUGCCGGAUGGUGUGCGACCCGUACGGCACCAAAGCCACCGCGGGGGCGGCGGGGGCGGCGGGGGCGGGGGCGGGGGGGGCGGCCGAGACGGUCAGGGACCACACCCUCCUGCCUCUGCCCACCUUCAUCCAGGGACCCAAAGGCGAGCCGGGGAGGUCGGGCAAAGCCGGGCCGAGGGGCUCCACCGGGGACCCGGGACCGCCCGGGCCGAUGGGGCCACCCGGGGCCAAGGGGGCGCCGGGCCGGGCCGGGCUGCCCGGGCUCCCGGGACCCCCCGGACCCAACGCCGGAGCCAUCAGCGCCGCCACCUACAGCACCGUCCCCAAGAUCGCCUUCUACGCCGGACUCCGGCGGCCGCACGAGGGCUACGAGACGCUCAAGUUCGACGACGUGGUCACCAACCUCGGGAACCACUACGACCCCACCACCGGCAAGUUCACCUGCUCCAUCCCCGGCAUCUACUUCUUCACCUAUCAUGUGCUGAUGCGGGGGGGGGACGGGGCGAGCAUGUGGGCGGACCUCUGCAAAAACGGCCAGGUCCGAGCCAGUGCCAUUGCCCAGGACGCUGACCAGAACUACGACUACGCCAGUAACAGUGUGGUGCUGCACCUGGACGCCGGCGAUGAGGUCUACGUGAAAUUGGAUGGAGGCAAAGCACACGGCGGAAACAACAACAAGUACAGCACCUUCUCUGGAUUUAUAAUCUACGCGGACUGAGGGAGAAAUGGGAGGGAAAAGAAAAACGAAUCACAACACACACAAAAAAAAACCUCCUACUUGCUCCUGUGUGCAGGACAGCUGGAUUCCCCAUGGCCGAGGAAGAUCAUUGCAAAAACCAAAUGGACAGUCACCAGAUGUGCAUCUUACUUCUGGAUACAACCAGCCGCGCGUGUGUAUGUGUGUGUGUGUGUGUUUUUUUAAUAUAAAAAAAAACUGUUUAAAACAUGUCUGCACACUUCGAAAAAAGACUACGUCCAGUGUUAUAUAGGCUCAGUUUGGGUUAGUCUGACUUUUACACCCCAAAGCAAUUUCUCCUUGUUAGCCUUGUGUUUUGUGAGAGGAAUCUGUCCAGAGCUGAGCAACAGAAUGGCCAGUUUUUUCUUUAAAACCUCCAGAUUACGUGGGAAAAAAAAAAUAGGAUUUUCAAAAAUGUUUCUCAUUCUCAGAUGCUUUGAUGUAUGAGCUCACAGCUAUAUCCAUGCAGCAUCGUUUUGGUUGUCGUGCUUAGCAAUUUCUCUGCUUUGGGAGAACGUUUCCACAUUAAUCGCUGUGGUGAGCAAUGAUUUUCUAACACUUAAUAAAAUAAUAGUAUUGUCAACAAGUAUGCUGCUCCUUUUAACAGGAAAAAAAAAAUGGUUAUUGUUUGCCUUAUACCGGUGCAAUUCUUUCAUUUAAAAUUGCCAAUCGAUGUAAAGAAUAAAUGUGUCUGCAAUAUACAAUAUACAGCAUCCUGAUUGCUGUGGCAUGAAUUGCAAGCUCGUUGUAUUGUACAUAUGCAAUAAGGUGCCAGUGGUUAUAUAUAAAGAGUAAAUGGCUGGUCUUACAAAUAAUGUACGUUGUACCUUUCAGUAUUCAGCGUUUUUCUUCCAUGCAGUAGGUAAGAGGCGCUUGGACACGUAUUUUUUUUUAAAAUCGUUGCCAGAUUGAGCAGAGUACAAACUGCAACUUUUACUAUCUCAGCCCAAUCGCAGCUAUUUUGCGGGAGAGAGCCCAUAAAGUGGAGCUCCGGAACAGGGAUUAAAUAAAUGCUUCCGAAUUGGGGGACCCGAGAUUCAGUUUGAUAACUGGGGGGUGGGGGGGAAAAAAAUGACUGGAGACGUACUGUUUUCCAGUUUCCCUUUCGAAUUUGAGUUUAAGAAGAAUAAAACUUUUUUUAAAAAAAGAUUAAAGACGGUGCAGUGUGAGGGAGAUACUGUGUAACCUGUUCUUAUCUUUGUUUAAAUUCACCAUUAUAAAGCAGUUGCUGAUUUUGGCCCGGAUUAUUGUUAUACAAUAUUGCUGUUCAUUAAAGAAGGAUACAACACC